ACCCUGCAAGCUGCAUCAAGCUUUAUCCUACGUGUUCCUUUGGUGAACCAGGUACACUUAAACUUGCAAAAAGAUGACCGACCUCUUAAGAAGUGUUGUCACAGUCAUUGAUGUUUUCUACAAAUAUACCAACCAAGAUGGGGAGUGUGGCACACUGAGCAAGGAUGAGCUAAAGGAACUUCUAGAGAAAGAGUUCCGUCCAAUUCUGAAGAACCCAGAUGAUCCAGACACAGUGGAUGUCAUCAUGCACAUGCUAGAUCGAGAUCAUGACCGAAGACUGGACUUUACUGAGUUUCUUCUGAUGGUAUUCAAGCUGGCUAUGGCCUGCAACAAGGUUCUCAGCAAAGAAUACUGCAAAGCUUCAGGGUCAAAGAAGCAUAGGCGUGGUCACCGACACCAUAAGGAAGAAAGUGAAACAGAAGAGGAUGAAGAAGAUGCACCAGAACAGAAAUCAGGUUACAGGCAUUCAAAUUGGAGGGAGGGAGAGGAGUAUGGUUAUGGUUCUGAGGGUUUGAGGCGAAGUGUGAAACACAGACAUGGGUCAAAUUCCAGGAGGCUGGGAAGGCAAGGUGGUUUAUCUAGCUCAGAGAACCAAGAGAAAUCUGAGAAAAGACACCGUGGGUCUGGUCACUCAUGGAAUAGUGACAAAGAAAGACAUGGUUCCAGCUCUGGAGAGCUGGGGGAUAGAAGAAACAAGUCACAUGUUAGCCCCACCAGGGAAUCUGGGAAGGAAUAUGAAUCAGAAUCUGGAUCUGGGUCAAAGAGUGAGAGGAGGAAAAGUCAUGGUGGUCUGUCACAUAGACUGGAUGCUGGUGGGCAUGAAUCAAACUCUACUCAGUCAAGAAAUAGUGGAGGACAAAAGCUUGGGUCUAGCUCUAAAGGUUCAGAAGACAGUGGAAGACAAAGCUAUGGAUGUGGUUCCAGCAAUUCGGGUGGGUGUGGAAGUCCACAAAAUACUUCUAGUUCCUGUCAGGAAGGUAGAUUUGGAGAGCAAGGAAAUCAAUCUAGCUGCACUCAGUCAGGUUAUCAAACAGGAAGUAGUGGAAGACAAGAUCGUGGAUGUAUCUCGGGAGGUCAGUCCUCUGGAUGUGGUCAACAUGAGCCUAGCUUCUGUAGUCAGCCUUCUAGUCAAAGAGGAUAUGGAUCUAGAGCAUGUGGUCAGACACAGAACUGUGGAAGACAACAGAGAACAGGUUCAAGUCAGUCCUCUUGCUGUGAACAAUAUGGGUCUGGAACAAGUCAGUCUUCUAGUUAUGGUCAACAUGGAUCUGGUUCUUGUGGACACUUUUCAAACUCUCAUCAAAAAGGGUCUGGUUCAAAGGAAUUUUCUAAAUGUGGACAACAUGGAUCUGGCUCAUGUCAGUCCUCUGGCUUUGGACAUGGCUCUGGCUCAUGCCAGUCCUCUGGCUUUGAACAACAUGGGUCUGGCUCAUGUCAGACCUCUGGCUUUGGACAACAUGGGUCAGGAUCAGGUCAAUCCUCUGGCUUUGGACAACAUGGGUCAAGCUCAGGACAAUCCUCUGGCUUUGGUCAGCAUGGGUCUAGUUCAGGACCGUCCUCUGGCUUUGGCCACUAUGGAUCCAGCUCAGGUCAGUCCCCUGGCUUUGGUCAGUAUGGGUCUGGAUCAAGUCAGUCCUCCAGCUUUGGCCAACAUGGGUCUGGCUCAGGUCAAUCCUCUGGUUUUGGCCAACAUGGGUUUGGCUCAGGUCAAUCCUCUGGUUUUGGCCAGCAUGGAUCCAGCUCAGGUCAGUCCUCUGGCUUUGGUCAGUAUGGGUCUGGAUCAAGUCAGUCCUCCAGCUUUGGCCAACAUGGGUCUGGCUCAGGUCAAUCCUCUGGUUUUGGCCAACAUGGGUUUGGCUCAGGUCAAUCCUCUGGUUUUGGCCAACAUGGGUCUGGCUCAAGCCAAUCCUCUGGCUUUGGACAACAUGAGUCUGGCUUAGGUCAGUCCUCUGGUUUUGAACAACAUGGGUCUGGCUCAGGUCAGUCCUCUGGUUUUGGACAACAUGGCUCUGGUUCAGGCCAGUCCUCUGGCUUUGGCCAGCAUGGGUCUGGCUCAAGCCAGUCCUCUGGCUUUGGACAACAUGGGACUGGCUCAGGUCAGUCCUCUAGUUUUGGACAACAUGGCUCUGGCUCAGGUCAGUCCUCUGGUUGUGGACAACAUGGCUCUGGCUCAAGCCAGUCCUCUGGCUUUAGACAACAUGGGUCUGGCUCAGGUCAGUCCUCUAGUUUUGGACAACAUGGGUCUAGCUCAAGACAGUCCUCUGGCUUUGGCCAGCAUGGGUCUGGUUCAGGUCAGACCUCUGGCUAUGGACAACAUGGAUCCAGCUCAGGUCAGUCUUCUGGCUUUGGCCAAUAUGGGUCUGGCUCAGGUCAUUCCUCUAGUUUUGGACAGCAUGGGUCUGGCUCAGGCGAAUCCUCUGGCUUUGGUCAACAUGGGUCUGGCUCAAGUCAGUCCUCUGCCUUUGAACAACAAGGGUCUGGUGCAGGUCCAUUUUCUAGCUCUGGACAACAUGGGUCUGGGACAGGUCAAUCCUCGGGCUCUGGACAUGGAUCUAGCUCACAUCAGUCCCCUAGCUUUGGGACUGGCUCAGGUCAUUCUUCGGGCUUUGGACAACAUGAGUCUAGAUCAGGUCAGUCUAGCUGUGGUCAACAUUGUUCCACUUCAGUGCAAUCCUCCAAUUUUGGCCAAGGAUCCUGCUCAGGAAAGUCCUCUAACCCUGAUCAACAUGCUAGCACAAGUCAGUCUUCCACUUAUGAUCAACAUGGGUUUAGCUCAGGGGAAUCUUCUGGAUAUGAACAACAUGAAUCUAGGGUAAGGAGAAAAGAAAGCUCUUGCACUAGUUCAGGAAAAGAGGGUCCAAAACAUGGAAGACCCAUAUCAGAUUCAGCCCACACUCAGAUAAGAGAAACAGGCCCAAAGAAAACUACUCAGAGGGAUAAUGAGAGAAACAAGAGACACAGUACAACAGCAAAAGAGACUGAAGAUCAUGACAGCAUUCAUGGACAUAGCCAACAAAGGCAAGGAUCAAGUCAGGAAAGAAGGACUUCUACAACACAGGACACGAAACAUAACCACAAAAAUGACAGUCAAGCCCAGACAGAUAAAUGGGAGACAUAUUCAGCAACUACCCGGGAGCAUUAUGAAAAUGACCAUGAAAAAUCAGGAGGAAUUCCCACAGGACAGAAUCCAGUAGGACCCGAAAAACGGGAUCUAGCAGCAGUGAGUCCAGUGACAGGGGAAGGCUUUCAGGAGUCCAUGGCCACCCUGGAUUCCAACAGGGAGAGUCAGGAUCCACCCAUGAAGGAAGAUGGGAAACUACUCACAGAAAGCAAGGAGACACCACUAGACAAGCUCAUUCUGGUCAUGGACAGGCCACCAGGACAGAAGCUAGCAGGACCCAAAGAAGCAGAUCCAGUGUCAGUGAAUCAAGUGACAGGGAAAGGCACUCAGGAGUCCCACAGACACACACAGAGUCCCCUCAUGGCCAGGCUGGAUCUCAGCAUGAAGAGUCAGGAUCCACCCGUGAAGGAAGACAGGGUACUACUCACAGACAGCAAAGAGACACCACUAGACAUGCACUGUCUGGUCAUGGACAGGCCACCAGGACAGAAUCCAGUAGGACUGGGAGAAGAGAAUCCAGUGUCAGUGAGUCCAGUGACAGGGAAAGGCACUCAGGAGUCCCACAGACACAGGCAGGGUCCCCUCAUGGCCAUGCUGGAUCUCAACAUGGAGAGUCGGGAUCCACCCUGGAAGGAAGACAGAGAACUACUCACACACAGGUAG